AGCCGGGACACUGUGCGGAGACGACGCGCUACUUGUCCCGGGAGUGAAGCACCGUGUGACCGAGGGCCUCCGCCGAGAGACGGCGCCUACACAGUGGAACUCCAUGGUGGAUGAGGCAUCCAUUUAACGGAUAUGUUUUUUUGUAUACGUUAAAAGAUCGCCAUGGAGUGGAAUGAACAUUCAGAUGUCUCCUGCGAGGUAGCGUUUUCUGAAGCGCAAAGAUGGAUUGAGGAAGUAACCGGUAAAGGCUUUGGCGAGCAGGAUUUCCGCUCUGCUCUUGAAAAUGGAGUGCUCUUGAGUGACCUUAUUAACAAGAUCAAGCCUGGAAUAAUUAAAAAGAUUAACAGACUGUCCACACCUAUUGCUGGCUUGGAUAAUAUUAAUGUUUUCUUGCGGGCGGGCGAGAAGCUUGGACUGAAAGAAGCUCAACUUUUUCACCCUGGGGAUCUUCAGGACUUAUCGAAUCGCGUCACUGUCAAACGGGAAGAAACCGAAAGAAGAUUAAAAAAUGUUUUGAUCACCUUGUAUUGGCUGGGGAGAAAAGCACAGAGCCUGCCAUAUUAUAAUGGUCCACAACUUAACUUGAAGGCGUUUGAAGGAUUACUAGGACAAACGCUGACCAAGGUACUAGAAGAGUCCAGUACUUUGAAGAGAAGCGGAAGAGACAGUGGCUGCGGUGACUUGUGGUAUAGUGAGAAAGGAGAAAACCCAUCACCUCCGGUUCAUACGAGAGACGAUUCUUGGGACAGCUUGGACUCCCUUGGCUCCAGGUCCUAUACAAGCUUUUCCUCAGAUACAACUCUCAAAGGAAGCAGUGAGGGUGGAAAUAGUGACGCAGAGUCUGAACUUACCUACAAGAUGCAGGACUUAAGCAAAAGUGACACGUCUUACCGAAGGUCCAUUACGGUGGAACCUAAGGCAGCUGCUAACUUCAACCAGUUCCUCCCACCUAAAACAAAACAGAUAACUUACGUGCCAGCACCUUUAAGGAAGAAGCGGGUUGAUAGAAAUGAGGACAACAGAAAGAGCUGGGCUAGCCCUGUCUUUACAGAUUCUGAUGGAUCAUUUGCCAGCAGUUCAGAUUCUGAGGACGAUGGGAAGUUGCCAGACUUGGUGCUUGAUGAUUUGGCAGAAAGAAAACUUCACCUGAACAGUAAGCCAUCUGUUUCUGUGGCUCCUGCUCUUUCUUCUCAACCUCAAAUGGACUCUCAGAAACCUUUGAAAAUGCUAACAGACGUAAUUCCAUCUACUUGUCAAGGAGGGAGCAGCCCAAACCAAGGAUUGAAAACGAAGACAAUAGAUCAAGAUGCGCUGAAGGACCAUGUAGAUUAUGCCAGAUUUUCUUCAGAUGAAGAAGAGGAAUCUUCUAGGGAAAUGCCAAAUAUUCUCAAGGAUGAUUUCUUUGCUAGAAAAGUCAACUUGCCUUCACCAGUGCUGAAGCCUGCCUCUGUACAGAAUAAGGAUCGAUUUCAGAAUGUUAUGUGGAGCCAGACUCGUCCUAAACCUUGGUACAAUGAAUUUCAGGGAUUCAGCAAACGAACUGGAGGGGACUGUCCAUGGACAUCUGAUCUGGAAUCUGUAUUUAAGCUGAAGAACGAUCUAAAUUUGAGAAAUGGAAGUGCUACAGAUUUGGGCUCAAGUUUGAAUAGCAAAGAUGAGGAAAAGGAAACGGUGGAUACGUCUGAAAAGCCAAGUCAAUUUUUAAUACUCCAGGCCCUCCAGAAAAUAACUUCUGAUUUUCUUAUUUCUGAGAACAAAGCGCCUGUUGACCCUGCAUCUGGUCCUAGACUUAUACAUUCUGUUGAGGCUUCAAGUGCACAAAACAAUCUGCCUGUGAAUUAUGGCAUAUGUACCUUACCAGAUCUUGAAAAUGAUGACUUGUUUGCACGAAAGACUGGGACUUUUCACCUAAACCAAGUGAUCAACCUUGGUACACCAUUGGCUCAGGUGCUGGAAAUCGAGAAAGACAUUGUCCUGCAGUCUAAAGAAGAGGCAGACCAUCUUCCAGAUUUGGUGAAGGAUGACAUGAUCGUUCGAAGAGCUCUGUCUGAACCAAAGGAAGUCCAUUUGUCUGGUGCCCCAGACAAUUACAAUGCAGUUCCCUUUCCUGAUCCUUGGUCUCUUCCAGAGGAUAUACAAUCUAAAUUUCUUUGUUUAGUGAAAAAGCCACCAGAGUUAAACAAGACAGAUGGGCAAGGAAGAGUGCUCCGUCCUUCAGACAAAUUGAAGAAAGAUGACAUGCUCACAAGAAAAGUACAUCUAUCUCAAUGUUCAAAUGAUGCAAAGCCAAAGCAUUUUUUGUCUGGCCCAUGCACUGAAGAAGAUCUUCAAAAGUGGGAGUCGAUAAGGGAGGCCAGCAAAAUAAGGCACAAAAAACGGCUUUUGGUGGAAAGACUGCGGGAAAAACUCGGUGUGGAAUUGGGAAGUAAAUCAUUGGAAAAUUGCAACGCAGAGGAACUCCAGAGCUUGCGCCAAGUUCGCCUGGAAGAAUUGCAAAAGAUCAAAAGCCAGAUGCAGGAGCAAGAUCAAAAGUGGCAAGAUGAUUUAGCUAAAUGGAAAAAUCGCCGGAAAAGCUUCACCUCAGAUCUACAAAAGAAAAAAGAUGAGCGAGAAGGACUUGAAAAGACUGCAAAUGAAGGCCCUGAUAGGACCUAUAAGACCUUUAGAGAGAUGCAACAGGAAAGGGAGCAUAGAGAAAACGAGACCCACAGCAAUGGUCAUCAAAGGUCAGAUGUUCGGCGGAUGUAUUCAUCAAGCGAUGAUGUCUUUGGAGAGUCCAAUAUUCCAUCCAGACCAGUUCUAGAAAAGAGUUACACUGUGGAUGUCCCCUAUUCAAGAACAACAGAGGGUUCUCUGUAUGCUACUACCCCAAAUUAUUCUCACAAGAAGGAAAAUGAUGGCAACUUAAUAAAUUUUGAUGAUGAUGAUGAAUCAGUUCCUAGUGGUCAGACGGAAUCUGAGCCCCAGCCAAAGAGUCACAGUAAUGCUACUUUCACAGUCCAGCAUUCUGAGAAGGCUGAAAGCCCUGAGAUUAAACCUGUCACAAAGGCACUGCCUAAAAAAGAAACAUCUGUCGACUUAGAUAAACCGUAUACAAGUAAGAGCACUACUAGCUAUUCCGUAAAGAGUUAUGUAGUGCAAGGAAGCUCGUCGCCCUCUGACACCAGCAGUAUGCAGAACCAGCCCUACUCCUCCAGUUCCCUGAACAUGGAAAGCAAACCUGGCCGAAUUUCUUCUUCGUUGCCCAGAGGAUACCAAAAGACAGAUACUUCUCGACUGUCAUCAGUGAUUACUGCAAGACCUUUUGGUACCCAGUCAAAGGGAAUCUCCUCGUUUACCAAAUCCUACACAGUGGAUGAUACCCGAAAGUACAAUGGUUCAUCAACUGAGUUCCAUUACAAGCCUGAUGUGGAGAAACCUAGCAGUGUCUUUCAUAGUGAAGAUGAGGCUGACAACAUCAAAGAUGAGAAGAAAAACAUUCGAAGGAGUUUUUCUCCAAAACCAUUUGAAAUCCAAGUGCAAAAGAGUUCAUUGACUCAAUCCGCAGCAUUUCCCAACUCCAUGGACCAGUACAGCGACAUGAGAAUCAGCAUUAACCAGAAGCCUGGAAGUAGCCAUGACUUUGGGUUUAAAACAAACUGGAACAGUUCAGGGGUUUUUGUAAUAUCUGUGGAUGCAGGUAGCCCCGCUGAAUUUUCCCAGCUGCAAGUAGAUGAUGAAAUUCUGUCUGUCAACGGCACCAAGGUUUCAUAUAUGGACUAUAAUCAGUGGAGAGGAGCCAUGGACAGCGCUCUGGAAACCGGAAACCUGCUAAUAGAUGUCAGACGAUACGGCAAGAAUGACUGGGGCAGUGAUCCACCUUCCCUGCCAUACAAAAGCCAUAAAACCCUCAAUCUGACCAGUAUGGAUAACAACAUUGUAGGUCUUCCUGAGAGUAAGUGGAUUGAUGCAAGCUCCUCCAGAUCUCCCAAUGCGUCCCUGACAAACAGCCCCCCUGACUCAGGAAAUGUCAAGGAGGCUAAACAAGUAAAUGGAAUUAAAGAUGAAGUGGAUACUAAGCAAAAAGAACAUGAACCUAUAUCCAUGAGAAACUAUAAAAGGAGGUCUCAGUUUUUUGAGCAAGGAAGCACAGAUUCCUCGGCACCAGAAAUGCCAGUUCCAUCCAUUAAUGUCUCAACAAGGUGGUCUUGGGACCCUGAAGAGGAGAGGAAGAGGCAGGAAAAAUGGCAUCAAGAACAAGAAAAAAUGUUGCAGGAAAAAUACAAACGGGAACAAGAGAGACUUAAAGAAGAAUGGGAGCAAGCUCAGCAAGAAGCCGAGAAAGGAAGAUCUUUUGAUCAGGAACCAGAGAUCCUACCAUUCAAUACCAGCAGGGCCAUGACUUCACAUAGCCCUUUUUCAUACUUAAGAACAGAGGGGUCUGAAGAUUUACUAAGCAGUGAAGACAAUUUUCAAGUGAAUGAGAGGAGGCAGGAAGAAGAACGUGAAAGAAAAAAGGAAGAAGAAGAAGAAAGGUUUAAUUAUUUGGAAGCCCAGCGUAGACAGGCAGCGGAGGAAGAACGUAGGCGCCAGGCAGCGGAGAUAGAACGUAGGCGCCAGGCAGCGGAGGAGGAACGCCUGCACCAGGCAGCAGAGGAAGAACGCCGGCGCCAGGCAGCGGAGGAAGAACGCAGGCACCAGCAAGAAUUAGAAAGAAAAAGGCAAGAGGAAAACAGAAGACAAAAAGAGGAAGAAGAAAGGAGACUUAGAGAAGAGGAAUGGAAGAGGAAAAAACAAGAAGAGGAAGAGCAAAGGCUAAAACUACAAAGUGAACGAACCCAAAGACCAUUCAUCAGUUCAUCUUAUUCAAGAUUAUCCAGGACUUUAGAUGAAUCUGAUUAUUCAUCAUACAGCAGCAGCAAAUAUAGAGAUGCUCCUGAUUCAUCAGCUUAUCAAGGAAAUGGCGGACAAGGAAAGAAGGCAUAUGGUUUUGCUGACUGGGUGUUUGAAGAUGAACAAAACAAGAUGCACAAUGUGAAGUCUCAACCCAAAAAACUCCCAUCAGAAAUGGAAGUCAUGGAAAAACAAAAUGUCUCUGAGAUGAGAGACUAUCCAGGCCAAGGCAGCCACUACGAAUAUGAAACUAGUUCAUCAAUGAGUGGAUCACAGAAAGAGGGGCCUGCAGAAGUGAAAAGACAGCAAAUAAUCAAAGAAAUGAGGAAAAAAGCCCCUCUUAAUACUGACAACAGCUGGAUCAGGCAGCGGAGCUCUAGUGUGACAAAAGACACCUCAUCACUUCCAGAUUAUAUGAGAAGAGGGGAAUCGCUAGACAACCUAGACUCUGGCUUAAACUCGUGGAGACAGCCAUCCUUGGUAAACCACUCAUCCUCUUAUAACUCUUUAUCAUCUAGUCAAGACUUCAGUCAACCCUCUCAAGUGGUAUCCACCUCUAACCGUACCUACCUGCGCAACCCAUCUCCCAGCCUUCCACUGGUUUCUUCUGGCUCGGUUAAGAGUGCAUCACUUUCCCAGACCUCUGUGGCAUCAUCUGGUUUGCCUCAGAAUCAAUCUUCAUCACAGACGUCUGUUCAACAGCGCAACAAGUCAGUGAGCGGGAAGAAAUUGUGCUCUUACUGUAAUAACAGUUUGGGCAAAGGAGCGGCAAUGAUCAUCGAAUCUCUUGGUCUUUGUUUUCAUUUACAUUGUUUUAAGUGUGUCGCCUGUGAAACAGACCUUGGAGGCUCCCAUUCUGGAGCAGAAGUUAGAAUCCGGAACAACGACUUGUACUGCAACAGCUGCUACAUUAAAUUUAAAUCCGGACACCCCACCUCCAUGUGAAGGUCUCCUCAUCACAGAACCGCUUCUAGAAGUAGCAGAAGAGGAUUGAACAAACAGAUGUAAAUGUAUAGGCACAGGCUGGAUAUGUGCUUUACACACCGUAUAGAUGUUAUAUAUAAGAUAUGACACCGCAGUUGCCUUUUAUUCUUGUAUUACCUCGUUAACCAGAUUUCUUUGUGGUAUAUUUAUGAGAGGAUAAUCAACGCUAAGGGGCAUGUUGUACUUUCAGUGUUCUGAAUUCUGUAUGUAAAAAGGGCCGCUUUCAUGUCAUUUCCCAAUAUUUUUGAGUCCUUUUUCCAUCUCUCUUUUCAUUGGUGUCUAAAGGAGGGUAAUUUCAUUAGAAAGUUUCGGACAUUCAGAUUGAGUUCUAUGGCUUUCAUCACUCUGAACAUUAUUUACUUCCUAUAGAAAAGUCAAAUUGCAUUGAAAUGCGCAUAUGGCUCUAUAUUUAUAUGAACUUUUAGCACAAUAUAAGGUAUCACCGCUUUGUGGGGAGGUGUGGGAUUGUUUCUGAUACCCAUUUUCUGAGCAUCCAAAUCUAUGCAGGAAUUGUGAUGUAACACAAAUUUUCUCUAGCCUUAUGUUCUUGCUAAAAUUAUUUGUUAAGAAGACGUUUAUUUUUUUUCUGUCAGAAAGGUUUUCUGUAACUAAAAUAUUUUCUGAUUUACUUUUGUAAAUAAAUUGUGGCUGCAUUUAAAUCGGA